AUGGCUCGCUCGACUCAGGUCUCGCAGAAGAGCGCGGCGCGGCACUCGCCCUACUCGCAGCCCUUGCAACGCCCGCCGCGCUCGACAGCUUCUCCACCGCCGGCGUCCUCAGCCCGACCAACGCGCUCGUCUGUCGUCCUCUCUCAACCUCUCCCACUCGCGUACUCUGACAGUGAGGCUGAAGAACCAGCUUCAGAGGAUGACUCUGCGGCAUCUGAGGCGGACGUUGUCACUCAGCUGGACAGUCUGUCCCGACUGCAAGGCUACUCGUCCGGCAGCGACGAGGCGGACGGCGGAGAUGGGACUUCGAGCAUCAAUGACGCAGACGGCGCGGGUGCUCUUAGCGACGUGGAUGCGGGAAGCGAUAUUGCAGUGACGAGCGACACAAGCGCUCACCCCAUGAGCGAGGACGAGGCUGAUCUUCUUGCCAGCCUUGCUCGAGCCGCUGAGGCUGCUUCACAGGCGGAUGCCGACCCGGACUCGGUGAGGCCAUCAAAGAAGGGGAAGCAAAAGGCUGUCGAAGGCGAAGAUGAGGUGAAAGACUUUUUCGCCACGCUGCUUGACGGCGUUCGCCGUUCAGAUCUACGAAAGGAAUUUAAAGACUUUAUUCGCUACGACCAACGCAACACCAUCAACACGCCAAGAAGACAGCUGAAGAACUUCACGCAGGACAAGAGCAAAUCUUUCACCAAGCUGUUUGAACUCUACCCCUUGACGGCCCGAGCGGCCCCGCACAACGACGACGUGCUCAACGCCUUUGAAAGCUUCCUUGCCGAGCUCAUGGACUGCUUCGACCAUCCGCACGAGAUCCGGGGUUGGAACCCGUUCUCUGCUCUCGCGGACUUCGUCAACGCUGGCGCCUUAUUCCGAACUCCUGAGGUCCUCAAGAGCUGCGCUCGCCUCACAUUGGGAGCCGACUGGGGCUUGUUGAGCGAGGAAGACAGGCAACGCAUCGGCGGCAACAUCAUGGCGAGCGUCUAUCGUCUCCACCUUGAGCGCAUGGUCGCUAUCAACUCCCUGCUUACGCGAUGGUCCGACAAAUUCCGACGCGACUCGACAUGUCAGACAUGCAACACAGACAGCUGGGAAAUUUUCUUGCUCACCGUGCCGCUCAGCAUGAUGAAGCAAGGCACGAGGUAUAUCGAUGUCGAGACCGCCUCGGACACUUCUUCGGAGGGCUCGGACGGGCGCGGUGAACACGGUAUGGACGUCGACAGCACUCGCAGCGAUGAUGACGGCGAGCUAGACGACCACCAGCGUCAGGAUUCCGACUCGGAGGGCGACGCGGAUUCACAGCUCGAACAGCCUCUCGAGCACCAGCACGCGAUCAUUGACGACACCCAAGAGCCUGUGCGCAGCCUGCACCGCAACUACGGCCCCAACGCAUACGUCCUACGCAUCGUCGACAUUGGUCAGCUGGGUUGCGGUGAGUUCAAGCGAGCCGCGAUGAAGGUGUGUCCCCGAUGCGGAUAUCGCUUUGACGGCAAGCUGCCCGAACGGAGCACGCUCUUCUACCGCGAUCUCGAGCGCGCGUUUUCAGUCGCUAGGGAACAGAUCGCCAAGCUGUCGGAGGACAUCCAUCUCCCGGCUCAAGUGUAG